AUGGCCGGCGAGCGCACGGGCCUCCUGGCGCGGGCCGACGCCAGGGAGACGGAGCUGCGCGAGCGCGUCAUCGGCGUCAUCGACGAGGAGGACCAGCGGGCGAAGACGGGCAGCAACGCGUCCGUCGGCUCGUCGACGGCGUCGAAGGAGCCCGACUACGGCCUUCCGUUGGUCUUCGUGGGCUUCGUGCUCGCGUCGCUGGGCAACCGCCUCUUCCAGAAGCUCCAGACCGUGCCCAUGUACAACUACCCCAUCACCGUGAACCUCGUGUCGUCGGUCAUGUACGUGCCGCUCUGCUUCGCGUACAUCCUUCCCGCGCUCUGGUGCGUGAGUCCGUCGCCCAUCUCCGAGGAGGAGCGGGCCAUCCCCAAGUACAAAUUCGCCAUCAUGGGCGCGCUCGACUGCGUGUCCUCGGUCAUGCAGACGCUGGCCGUGAACUUCGUGCCGAACCCGUCGACGAUCGUCCUGCUGCAGCAGUCGGCGAUCCCGAUCUCGAUGGUCAUCUCGCGGGUCUCGUUCAAGGGCGUGCGCUACGACGGCUGGCAGGUCGGCGGCGCGGCCAUCGUCCUCGGCGGCAUCGCCGUCGUCCUGGCGCCCCAGCUCCUGGGCGGCGGCGCCGCGGGGCCGCCGGAGGACGUCGCCGCGGCGGACGGCGGCGCCGCGUGGGUCUGGUCCGUCGUCAUCAUCGUGUCCUGCGUGCCCAUGUGCCUCUCGUCGGUCUACAAGGAGAAGGCGCUGGGCGACCAGGACGUGGGCGUCAUCUACCUGAACGGCUGGGUCGCCGUGUUCCAGACGAUCCUCGCGUUUCCUCUGACGGUGCCGUCGGCGUACGCGACGCACCUGCCGCUGGCGGAGCUGCCCUACAACGUGCGCGACGGGUUCUACUGCUUGGGCGGCGUCGAUUCGGUGCUGCCGGCGCGGCUCUACCGCGACGACGACUACGACACCUUCCGCAACGACACGAGCGGCUACGACCUUUUAAACCCGGCGGAUAGCGCGCUGCGGCGCGCGGACGACUGCGGGUCCGCGCCGCUCUUCGUCGGCGUCUACGUGCUCUUCAACAUCGCCUACAACGUGCUGACGGUGGUCAUCCUGAAGAAGGGGAGCUCGAACUUGCUCUACCUCGGCUCGACGAUCCUCGUGCCCGUGUCGAACGCCAUGUUUUCGCUGAAGUGCCUCCCGGGCCACCAGCCGCUCCACGCGUCGGAUCUGCAGGGAUUGGUGGUCAUCAUGCUCGGGCUCUUACUGUACCGCUGCGGCGGCGCGCUCUUCGACUUUGUCGUCGCCGCGGUCGGCGCGGGGCCCCGGAAGUCGCGCGCGCGGAGCUUGGACUCGCCGGGCGACACGAAGUCGCCGAGCGCGCCGUCGCCGCUGCUGCGCGACGCGACGAAGACGCUGAGCCGGCGCACGUCCUUCGGGACGGCGUCGCAGCGCAAGGCGACGCGCUACUUCGGCCCGAAUCAGCUCGAGAUGCUCCAGCCGCUCAUGGAGGCGCAGAAGCGGAACGCGAAGCACCGCCUCAUCAAGACGAACGCGCAGAUCCGCCACAGCUUCCUCCACAGGCUCGGCUUCACGCCGGACCUCACGGCGCACCCCGCGUCGGGCCGCCGGUCGCCCGCGUUCUACGGGUCCUCGCCGGGCGAGAUGCGCCGGUCCAUCGACGCGCGGCGCCACACGCCGCCGCCGCCGGAGGGCGCACCCUCCGGCCGCCACGUGCCGUUGGCGGAGCGGCGACGGACGCGCUCCUUCGGCGCGGCGACGGCGGCCCGGUGA